CGAUACGAUCUUAAGACCUACGGUGUUCGGUUGUUAGAAGGCUGACGACAGAGCACCGUAGUUAUUAUACUUGUAUCUUGCACCGCGUUUCUUAAAUGUUUCUUUUUUAGUUGAACAGCUUGGCUAACGUUAGCUGGGACCUACUGUAUGACGGUUUCGUAGAGCUCGGAAGGGUUUAGCGGCAAAGACGAAGACGUGCCAUUCACGCUGAUCCCGUGUGCUCACGUGACCACGAGGGUGCGCCUGUUGGCUUCGAGAAAAGAACGGAACGCGAUAGGAACAUGAGGGUCUUCGGCAGAGGUCCGAGUGCCGUCACCUUGAAGGAGGACAACACCGCAAGCAGCACCCACCUGGCCGGCUCGUCCGAUGUCCACCUGCCGACGGUGAUCACUAUUUCACGAGGCUACCGGCGCUUCCUGCCCGUCAUUUCCGGUCCGUUCGCUGCCUUCUCCGAGCUGCGGCGGCGGCACCCGAGUCUGCUUCCGUGCGCCAUGUGCAUGGCCGUCGCCUGCGGUGGGCUGGCGCUCGCGUUCGUGCUCAUGCGCCAACAGGUCAAGCUGGACGCCGAGCGCCUCACUUACAUGCCCCCCUGCGGCACCGAGGACUGCCGCGAACAGGCCGCCAGGCUCGCCAGGCGCAUCGACGCCAGCCGGGAACCUUGCGACGACCUCUACGCUUACACCUGCGGCGCCGCCGGAGUCGAUACGGCGAGGAAGAGAUGGCUGUUGACGCCGUACUUGGAAAGUGUGAAGGGAAUGAUUCACCGUGGUCUCGUGCCAGCAGACCGCAACAGUUCUAGCGCCGCGUACAAGGCCUACUCCGCCUUCAACGCCUGCCUUUCGAGGCCAACGGGCGUUGGCGUCGUCCAGCCGUUCGUCGAGUUCAUGAGCGCCCGAAAGAUACCGUGGCCCCGGAGACCUCCCGAAGACGCUGACCCGUUGGACGUGCUCGUCGACCUGGCCGUCAACUGGAGGGUGCCGCUGCUCUUCGACGUGCGCGUCGUCUACACCAACCUCGACAACCCGCUGGUGGUCGCCAUCGACGCGAUGGGCUACGUAACCCUGCUCCGCAUGGAGCAGCUGUCCGCUUGCGGCGAAAGCGGCGGUGGCGAGUACGACGAACUGCUGCGCAGCGUGGCCGGGUACCUCCGACAAGACGCACUGCUCUCUGACGAGGAGUGUCUCGUGCUUCGACUGGACGAGACCUCGGUCAGGAGCAAUGUCACGUCGGCCGUCCGGAUCGAGGAAGAAGAGGAAGAAGACGACGUCUUCGUCGCUUCCCUUAACGACAGCCUGUCGUCCUCGGAGAUCGGUCAGACCUGGCUGACCCUCUUGCAGCGCCACCUGGGCUCGGACGUCCAGCUGUCACCGGCAACGAAGCUCCAAGCUCACAGUGAGCGACACUUCUACGAAAUCGUCGCCCUGUUGGAGGCGAUGCCACGCGAGAGACUGCUGAACGUCAUCGGCUGGACGUUCGCCUACUCGUACUUGUGGAUCGUCAACCCGGACCUGGACCACUUCCGACCCGGCAAGGAGUGCGACGUCUUUGACGGACAGGCGGCUUGUUUCCUGACCGUUCAGGAGUCAUUCGGCACGGUCCUGGUGGCGCCGCAGUUCCUCGGGUACUUCCAGCAGGACCGACAGGCAACGACUCUUCACCAUGCUCGACGCGACCACGCAGCUUUUAGCGCGAGCCGUACGGACUUCGAGGAGCUUGGCGGACGCCACCAAGCGGUGGGUCGUCGAGAAGAUCCUGGGGAGGACCAAACGUCGGCUGUGGCCGCCGGAGCCGUUCUUCCAUACGAAGCUGCUGGACGAGCUGUACGAGGGAUUUCCCGCGACGACGACGAGCUUCUACGAGUCCUGGUUCGAGUCGCGAAGGGCCGUGCGCAGGAUGUUGAAGAACAGCUACUACAGCCGCCUGAUGACGGGCAGCGUACGGUGGCACGCCGAAGAGGUGCGCUACUCGUACGCCGGCAGCCUGCUCCAAGUCGGCCUGUCGGCGCUGUUCCCGCCUUCUUAUUACCGUCACGACACGGGCGCGUUGGCUUACAGCGGCUUGGGUUUCCAGCUCGCCAGGGCGCUGGUCAGAGCCGUGGACCAGCGCGGCCGCGCCAUCGACGCCACCGCGGUCGCGGAGGAGGUGUGGACGCAGGUCGAGAAGUGUCGCCUGGACUCGGCCAACACCAGUCGUGAAAGGGACGCCGUGGCUCGCCUGUUCGCCCUGGAGGUCGCCCUGGCGGCCCUCAGGGAGAACGCCCAGGACCACCGGCUGGACAUGCUCGAGGGUCUCGAGCAUUGGACGGGUUUGCAGACUUUCUACGUGAACUUCUGCGCCAACUUUUGCGACCAUCCGCGCGGCGCGGAGCUGUGCAACGUAGCGAUGAACGCGAGCGAAUUUGGCGACGCCUUUGAGUGCCCUGGUGCGCCAUCGCCCAGUAUAGACCGACGGUGUCUCGUCGUUUGAGAUAUACUGAGCGUUUCGGUGGCUCGGAUGGAACGUCGCAAACGCCGCAAAUAAAAAGGAAAUUGUGCAGAAACCAUC